CAGCAAGGCACCAAACGCCCCCCAACACAAAAACGCGCCACCACCACACACGCCGCCUGCCUCGCUUCUUCCUCCCUCGUCUCCCUCGCCUCCUCCGCGGACCGCAGUUUCAGACGAGCCCCAGAGCUCCCGGUCUCCCACCCCAAGAGGCCGGAGACAGAGCUGAGAGAGAGAGAGAGAGAGAGAGAGAGGGGAGGGGAGGGCGUGUGCUCGCGCGCCACCGCCCGGAUCUCGAGCUCCCGGAUCUACCGCAAAGAUCUAAACCGAGCAAGAGGCGGCGGCUGCUGCUGCUGCGGCCGCGGUUGUUGGUGGUUUGUUGGUGAGGAGGAGGAGGAGGAGGAGGAGGAGGAGGAGGCGCGGGCGACGGCGAGAUGUCGUCGAGCACGAUCCGGAAGGCGCUGGGGGCGGUGAAGGACCAGACCAGCAUCGGUCUGGCCAAGGUCACCAGCAACAUCGCGCCGGAGCUCGACGUGCUCAUCGUCAAGGCUACCAGCCACGACGACGAGCCGGCCGAGGAGCGACACAUCCGCGAGAUCCUCCACCUCACCUCCGGCUCCCGCGCCCACGUCGCCGCCGCCGUCGCGGGAUGCUCCCGGAGGCUGUCCCGCACCCGCGACUACGUCGUCGCGCUCAAGUCGCUCAUGCUCGUGCACCGCCUUCUCGCCGACGGCGACCCUUCCUUCCACCGCGAGCUCCUGCACGCCACGCGCAGGGGCACUCGCCUCCUCAACCUCUCCGACUUCCGCGACGAGGCUCACUCCGGUUCAUGGGACCACUCUGCCUUCGUCCGUACCUAUGCGCUGUACCUCGACCAGCGCCUUGAGUUCUUCCUCCAUGAGCGCAAGCAAGGCUCCGGCUCCAACGCCAGUUCCAGUGCAAAUGGCCCGUCACCGCGUGACCGCUGGGGAUCACCUGACCCAUAUGGUCGCCGGUCACCCUCAUACUCCUCACCCCCUGGAAACGGAAAUGGGUAUGGAUAUGGUGGUUAUGAUGAUUACCGUGAGAGGAACGGCAACAACAACACUGAUGACAAGAAGCCGCCGACCCCAGUGAGAGACAUGAAGCCAGAACGGGUCCUUGCCCGUAUGCACCACCUGCAACAGCUGCUCGACAGGUUCCUUGCUUGCCGCCCCACAGGUGGUGCCAAGCACAGCAGGAUGGUGCUGGUCGCGCUGUAUCAGAUUGUGAGAGAGAGCUUCCAGCUCUAUGCUGAUAUAUGUGAGGUGCUCGCAGUGCUGCUGGAUAGGUUCUUUGACAUGGAGUAUGCCGAGUGCGUGAAGGCAUUUGAGGCAUAUGCCAGCGCCGCAAAGCAGAUUGACGAGCUUUGUGCAUUCUAUGGCUGGUGUAAGGAAACUGGGGUCGCUAGGUCAUCAGAGUACCCAGAGGUGCAGCGUGUUACCGAUAAGUUGCUGGAGACAUUGGAGGAAUUUAUGAGGGACCGAGCAAAGCGGCCCAAGAGCCCACCUCGGGAGCCUGAGCCUGAACCUGUAAAGGAGGAAGAGCCUGAGCCAGAUAUGAAUGAAAUCAAGGCACUGCCAGCACCAGAAGACUACAAGGAGCCUGAACCUGAGAAGGUGGAGGAGGAAGUAAAGCCAGAGCCCCCACCGCAACCCCAGGGUGAUUUAGUGGAUCUUAGAGAAGAAACUGUGACUGCAGAUGAGCAAGGUAACCGGCUUGCUCUGGCCCUCUUCCAAGGGCCACCUGCAGCUGGUGGAAGCAAUGGCUCAUGGGAGGCCUUCCCCUCAAAUGGUGGCAAUGAGGUGACUUCUGCAUGGCAGAAUCCUGCAGCUGAGCCUGGGAAGGCUGACUGGGAACUUGCCCUUGUGGAGACAGCGAGCAAUCUGUCCAAGCAGAAGGCCACAAUGACAGGUGGUAUGGAUCCAUUGCUACUGAAUGGUAUGUAUGAUCAGGGUGCCGUGCGCCAGCAUGUCAAUGCACAAGUGACAACUGGGAGUGCCAGCAGCGUUGCUCUACCUCCGGCUGGACAGAAAACACAAGUGCUGGCUCUGCCAGCACCAGAUGGUUCAAUGCAGAAUGUUGGUGGAGACCCGUUUGCGGCGUCCCUUAGCUUCCCACCACCGUCCUAUGUUCAGAUGGCAGAGAUGGAGAAGAAGCAGCAGUUCUUGACUCAGGAACAGAUGAUGUGGCAGCAGUACCAGAGGGAUGGCAUGCAGGGCCAGUCAAGCUUGGCCAAGCUCGAUCGGGCUUACAACAAUGGCUUCGCCCCCAACCCAGCCAUGCCUUAUGGGAUGCCUGCAGCAUAUAACACGAACCCCAUGCCAAUGGCUUACACUGCAAAUACUGGGUACUACUACCCCACUUACUGAGUUAUUCUUUGUUCAUCCUUACAGUUGCUGUGAAUUUUGUUCUGUAUCGUGAUCUCAUAGCCUUGGGGUUGUCCAGUAUCAGUUGUUGUUCCCCUGCCUCUGGAUCAAACCUUUUGGUCUCUUAUAUGUAAUUCUAUUUGUUUGGAACCAAUUGCGGCAUCUAAGGGUGGCUAUAGUUGAUUACAUAAUCUUAUGUUCUUGUUCUUUCUCACUGUUGUUGUUAUUGGUAUAACUGACAGUGGUACAGCAUGUCA